UUUGAAUUCCAUUCGAGUUCCAUUCGGGUUCGUUUUAGCUCAUGUGAGUUCAAUUUGAGUUCCACUUGAGUUCUAGUCGAGUCCACUUGAGGUCCGUAUGAGUUCAAUGAGAGCUUGUUUGAGUUCAUUCGAGUUCAGUCUCAGUUCCAUUUGAGGCCCAUUUGAUGUCGAAUGAGUCCCUUGGAUGUCAUUGAAGUUCAUGUGGUUUUGAAAUGCACCCCCUUCGGAUUCACGAAUACAUGCUGCAGGGGCCCGUCGAGCACGUGCUAGAGUCGCAACAACCAGAGGAGCAGCACGGUUUCAGAUCUAAUAGGCGUCUGGAGGAGCAUCUUCUGACAGCAGCUCUUGUCAUCGAGAAGACUUUGGCGGCGAAUGUUCCGCUCUGGAUCGUGCGUUUGGAGUUAUCAAAAGCGUUCGACCGAGUAUCUUGGGCUGCGUUGCGGGAGGUUCUGCGGCAGCUCGGCGUCAGCGACCAUCUGAUUUGGACACUGCACCGUCUGUACCGUGACCAGGAAGGGCAAAUUUUGGGCGAUUGGGCCAGAAGCCAGGCAUUUCCGAUCAAUGCUGGCGUUCGCCAAGGGUGCGUGCUCAGCCCGGUUCUUUUCACAGCUGUCUUGGAGUGGGCCAUGCGUGCGUGGAAAGUUCGCAUUUCGCAUUUUGGAUUUGAUUUGGGCGACGGUUUGAGGCCGCUCAUAGACUUACGCUUUGCCGAUGACAUCUUAUCGUUUGCCAAAUCAGCGGGCGAAGCCAAAUUGCAGCUGGACGCACUGGUCGACGAAUUGGCCAAAGUUGGGUUGGUUCUGAAUGCGGCCAAGACGGUGGUGAUGACAACAGAGGCGCAACCUCCAUAAGAAAUUGCCACGCGGGCCGGCGCAACAAUCCAAGUCCUCCCCCGGAGUACCGCCCACAAGUGGUUGGGAUGCAUGCUGUCCGUGGGUGGUUCUGGCACGCACAAUUUGGACGUGGAGUAUCAUCUGACAUCCGCAAGCAAAGCUUUCUUUGCAAACAGGGACGUUCUAUGCGACCGGAAUGUUUCUCUUGCUGCCCAGCUUGAGUUUUUCAGCCGCGUCGUGACGUCAGUGGCGCGUUUCGGAGCUGGUGUCUGGAAGCCGCACGGCGAUUCACUGCACGGGGUAGACGUUGCAUUCCGGCGUCUGGUGCGGCAGGUCGUUGGCCCGCCUGCAGGCGUGGAUUGGUCCCAACCGUGGCAUGAGACUCUGUACUUAUGGCACGAAAAGCUCAGCCAUUGGCGGAACAUGGUCUUCGCACGUGGUCGAGAGAGCCCAUGAAAAAGUAUUGGGAUCUGGCAGCACACGUUGCGGGUUUACCUCCUGAUCGGUGGGUGCAGAGAGCCUUGCGUUGGACGCCGUCGGGAUCACGCUCACAGGGUCGCCCUCUUCUGUCAUGGGACGCGAAGCUAUCCUCGUUCUGCAAGGCGAACCACAUCGGACCAUGGCAAGAAGCUGCACAAGAUUAUUCAGCGUGGGUGGAAAUGAAGAUUUCCUGGACUUCUGCGCGUCGACGUGAGCAGGCGCGAUGCUUCCUUUGCGCACCAGGCCUGAAUAGUCACUGGCAUUUGAUUUUUCCCUCGCGCCCUAUAUGGGCCCGCCCUCGUGCGAGCGGGGUGACUUGACUUGACUUGACUUGACUCUCUUCGGAUUCCAUUUGGAUCCAUUUGAAUUCCAUUUGAGUUCGGAAGAACAGCAAGGCUACGUGAAGUCCCUGACGGGGGGCUUUGUGGAUGACGGCGGUGGCGCGCAAACGUGGCCGGAGCUGGAGAAAGUUGAGUUGCUCGAUGAAAACGGAGCCAGUGAGUGUACGAG